UUAACUAAUUGUCGAACACCCUGUAUAUAUACAUGUGUAUGUAUGUAUGUAUGAUACAUCGGGAUUUGUCGUUACUGCAUCCGCCGCUAGAGGUCAAGAAUUAUUUCCGUGCAAAAGCGCGUUUGUUAUGGUUGACUAUGGCACUAUGAGAGAAAUUGUCGUUUCGCGCGAUUCGUCGCAAUUGUUAAUUAACAGUCGCUUAAGGAAAUAUUUUGAUCAUGGAAUUGGAACGAAGAGACGCUAAUGUCUACGAUCUUGUGACGCAAUUGGUUCAACAUAUUGUACGAAGAAAUCGCUUGGAAAAUGACAAUUACACACUACCUAAGAGUGACAUCAAAACAGUGAAACGGCUUCGUUCGAAAGCUUACGAAAUAUUAUUAAAUAAAAGUAACAAAAUUUAUAAACAAGAGAAUGUGGAAGUUUGCAACAAGUUUGAUCCGUUGGUGGAGAUACUGAAGCAUGCCUUUGUACUCAAGACAUCUUUAAGACGUAUAUCAGAGGCAAAAAAGUUGGAAGAGUUACUAAAUGAAUUGUAUACACAAGAAACUAAUGAAGAAACUGUGAUUGGUCAUACUCUACAAUUGUUAAUACAGCUAAAAAAUUUUUACACUGAUACAAGAACUGUAUCGGAUGUAUUUUAUUAUGGCAAAAACAACCCAUGCUUGCCUCAAGAUGUCGUACCAACUAACGGCGUACCAAUGUUUCAAACAUAUCCCACAGAAUCUUUUAUUUUACCAGAAAAAUUUGAAGCCAUGUUAGGUAUUUCCAAAACUUGUCACAGGCAAGUUACAUUGACUAAUUUUGCUAGCAGAACAUCUUUCAAUGAUCAAUGUGCAUCCAAAGCCAUACUGGAAACUGAAACAAUUAGAUACAAUAAUGAUGUUAUCGAAAUGUUUCCUCACAUAUCAAGCUGCACUGAAAAUAUAGCAAACCAAUACAAUACUCCCUUUUUAAUGCACGUUAUGGUUGAACAAACAAACAAAUUAUAUUUGUCUAAACAAAGAUUUAUGUCAAAUAUAUUUUUGCCUUGCGAAUGGAUCAAAUCUGUAAAUGAUCAAUUAGAAAACAAAAAUCUUUCGCGUGUACCGUUAAAUAAUUAUGAUUGUGAUUUUAUGAACGAAGAAUCUCAAAUUACUGUUAGAAACAAAAAUAAUAUUUAUAAUAUUAACUUAAUAUGGAAAGACGUACAGUUUUUCAAUGACCGUAUCUCGAAAUUACGAACAUGGGAAUCUCUUGGUGCUUCAGAAUCUUCCAAAGAACUGCUGUUUGUCACCGAUUUGCCAGAAACGGCAGUUCACUUAGCAAAGAUAAGACAAACAAGUAUUUUAUCACUGCUGCCAAAGAAGGCAAUGCAGUCUAUAUCCUUGAUGCAAGAAAUUUCUUUCGAAAAGUUUCUGUCGGACGUUAAGUUAUUGUUAUUUGGCAUAGAUUCAGAUUCUUUCAAAUACAACACCGUGACAGAUUUCAAAUUGCGAGAUAAUAUAAGUGUGCGCGAUAUAAGUUCGGAUGCGUUGAGAAUCACUUGUCGAGAGGUGAUUUGUUGGGGUAACAGUUUCAAGUCGUUGUCACGUUUUGUCACGACGGAUCCGCAAACUGGUAAAUUGCAACAAGACGGUCUCAUAUUUAAGGCCAUGUGCAGUAACAUCAAAGAAUUACUUCUGUACUAUCGGUCGGCAUUACACAGAAUUUUCAAUCGAUACAAGUUUCUUGGUUUGCUGAGUCUGCUCGAAAGGAUACGUCCAAUGGCCGAUUUAAUUAUGGAAGUCGCAAAACUAUGCAGUUGCGUGAAAUACAAUCGAUUCGUUACGAAUGGAGGCAGCGGGAUUUUAACGCACAUUUACAAAGAAGUGACAAAAAUCACCAAUCCAAAAGUAGCAUUGGUGUUUUACUCGAUAUUAAAGUCGUGUUGCGAGGUUUACUUUCGGAUGUUGCAAAGUUGGUUGUUCGAAGGUACAUGCGACGACGUUUACGGUGAAUUCAUGAUUCAGGUGCGCUCGAAAUAUUUGCGAAGAAGAGGACGUAAAUUUUGGACGGACAGUUUCGCGAUCGAUGCCGCAUCGGUACCUGGAUUUCUAACAGAAUUGUCGGAUUCGAUAUUACAAUGCGGCAAGACGCUGCGACUUUUAAAAAUUUGCAAUCCAAAGAAUCCUGUGUGCAAUAUAUCUCUCAACGGUCAACCGGAAAUAAGAGUUUGUCUGAGUGUGACCAUGCUGCGAGAGCAGCUCCUAAGGUGUCAGGAAUACGAGCGUAAGGGCGAAGCAGCGCUGGGAGCGGUCGUAUCUCUUUUAUCCGCGAUUGAAGAUGAAAAGAAAAUCGAGAAAGAAACGGCGAAACUCGUUAUACGCGCGCAACAGGAAACGUUAUCAAGACUCAACAAACAACGGGAAGAGUUUAUAAUAAAAACCGCGCAGCAUAAACGGGAGUUGUUGCAAGAAUUGAAGCAGCAGGCGGAAGAGAACGCCUUAUUCAAAGAAAAAGAAAGGGAGAGUGAAAAGCUAGCUGAUAAAUUGUUGCUCGAAAAGAUUAUUCGCGAACAAGAAGAAAUACGAGAGCAACAACAAGCCGAAAAAGAUCGUUUAUUGCAGUAUUAUGAUAAAUUAUCUGUAGACAUGGAAAGCAAUCGCGCGCGAAUGAAUUGGCGCAAAAUCAGAAUGUCUCAUUGCGAGAAACGAUUGGAAGCGUUGAAUUCCAUGAAGAAAUUCGAUAAUGAGAUGUUAGAAAAUGUUGCCGCAUCAAGUACCGAUGAAAAUCCGCUCGAAACCGAUAAACAAAACAUUUCUCUUUCAUCCCGCGUAGAUGUACCUGGGUCCGAAACGAUCAACGCUGUCUUCAAUCAAGACGAAAAUAGUAACUUUGCGAAAACCGAAAUAUCGAAUGUGGAAGUUACAAAUGCUUUCGAUCGGCACAAUUGCGGAGAGAAUUUAUCGAGCACCAAUUGCGACGCGGACUCUGCUAAGAAUGGCAAUUCUGAUAAAGAUAUUGCAUCGGAUAAAGAAAAUGUGACGAACAAAGAUUCUCUCAAGACGACGGAUGUUACACAGAACAUUCGUUUGCCGAAAGAAUCCAUGCAUUAUGUUUACAAGAAGAACAACGAGAGAAGCAAUAUGCAAGAUUUUCUUCGCGAGAACUCUGCUAAGAAUGAUGAUAAUUCUGAUAAAGAUAUCGUAUCGGAUAAAGAAAAUGUGACGAAUAAAGAUUCUCUCAAGACGGCGGAUGUUAAGCAGAACAUCCGUUUGCCGAAAGAAUCUAUGCAUUAUGUUUACAAGAAGAAUAACGAGAGAAGCAAUAUGCAAGAUUUUCUUCGCGAAGAAGAUUGCGAGAACUCUGGUAAGAAUGAUGAUAAUUCUGAUAAAGAUAUCGCAUCGGAUAAAGAAAUUGUGACGAAUAAAGAUUCUCUCAAGACGACGGAUGUUACGCAGAACAUUUGUUUGCCGAAAGAAUCCAUGCAUUAUGUUUACAAGAAGAACAACGAGAGAAGUAAUUUGCAAGAUUUUCUUCGCGAAGAAGCGAUGAAGAAUAUUCAUACCAUUAUGGCCGGUGGUGGUAGUGGUUGUAAACAGACAACUGCGCUCAAUACAAGCAAUAUCUUGGAUACCGAGAAGGUAACCGAGAAAGUGAUCGGUGCUAUAAGCAGGCCUAAAUCCUUAGCUAUCGAGAAGAUAGACAAUAUGACCGCGGUGCAGGCCAAUAAACUUAAAGUUUUGUUGCAAGAAUACGGUAUGACUCCGAAUAAUAACGAAUUCAAUACGAUAAUCACGGACGAACAAGGAAACACCGAUCGCACCUUUAUAAAUAAUCAAACAUUAAGCAAUGUCACGCGAAUCAAAGAACGCAAUACGAACAAUACGAGAGAAAAUGGAAACAAUAACAUUUCGACGUUCGAUAUCAAAUUGCCGAAAGAAACGGCAACUGUGGGCGGGCCUACGGAUAACGACGAGUGUUCGAAUAGGAUUAACAAUAUAAAUAAUGAAGCGCAAGAAUCGAUAUCGAAUAACGCGCAACAACAGCAAUACGCGGACACGCCGAUGUCGUGCACAACCGAGAAUUUCACCACGUUAUCGACCCACACCCCACUGUCACAAGUACCAAAUAGUGACGAUGUGUUCGCUUUGAAUAUCGGUCAGGAGGUGUCGUCGUUUUCCGAUAUAACGAAAUCAAUCACGGAAGAAACGUGUUUCGAAUCGCCGAUGAACGGUAACUUCAAAUUGCCGAAUUUGUUUGGCGUCAGUCCCGAGUUGAAGUCGUCGACCGUACCGUCGUCUCUGACCGUCGCCGACGUCGAAAUGAUCGAUCACACAUCGCUUCAGGUGUAUUUGGAAAAAUCUAUCAUCAUACCUCUUCAGAUUCAAACUCGGUUGAUGAACAACGCGAUUAUCAAGUAUCUGGUGGACGAGUGCAACAUGCUCUCGCAUCUGCGCAGUCUGCGCAGCUAUUUUUUCCUGCUGAACGGAGAAUUCGGCAAAAGUCUGACGGAUUCACUUUACUCUCGCCUGUACACAAUAUCCGCUCCGAUCGAGCUUUUCAAUUCCGCCACUCUGACGAAUCUCUUGGAAAAGGCUUUGAUUAACUCGUUCAGCAAUAAUUACGCCAAUUCGGAACUCUUGAGUCUCUCCGCGGUCGAUAAACCUUGUCAAUUAUAUAUUUCAGAUCCAAACGUCUUGGAAUGUCUCUGUCUAAAUUACAAGAUAUCGUGGCCGUUGAAUAUUAUUUUGGACGACACGAUGAUGUUGCAAUACAGCAAGGUGUUCAAAUUUUUGAUAAUGACUGGCAGAAUGUCAUGGGUGUUGCAGGAAGAUUUUAACAUAAUGAAAACGGAGUGUGACACAGUCAAUUCGGAACAGUAUCACAAGUUACAAUUGUACAGACAUUCCAUGACCCAGUUCAUGAACGCUCUUCACAAUUAUCUGACGUGCAGCGUGUUACAUGCGAGUUGGAGCGAGUUCGAAAAGGAUCUGCAGAAUUCUCGAACAAUAGAUCAGAUAUAUCUCUCGCACAUGAGCUACAUCAAAAGAAUACUUUCAAGAUGCAUGCUCAACACGCGCGGAGAAAAGAUGCGCGUCUGUUUGAGCAAUAUCUUCAAAAUUAUACUCAAGUUCCACAACCGCUUGAGAUCGCAGGCUUGGACUACUGCCGGCGGUACGGGUCAAUACGUUCAUCCGAAUUUCAAGAGUUUAGAACAAAUGUAUCAGUCGUUCUGCGAAUGGCGAACUUACAUGGCACACGUCGCGCACAAAUUGGCCACCAGCGGAUAUCAACCGCACUUGACGCAUUUUCUUAACGCUUUAAAUAUUAAUCAUCUGUACGAUUUAACGUCGAAACAACAACCGUAGCGAUGCACAAUUAAGUUUAAUCACCACCACUCUUAUUUUUUUUUGUACGAUCGAUGUAUUAAAUGUAAAAAAGUUACAAAAAUAACA